ACACCAACUUGAAAACCACAGUUGGACCACCACAUUUUCUUUCCCAUUCCAAAUUUCCAACCUUUUUGAUUUAUUAAAGCAACAAAAAAAAAAAAAAAAAAUCAAAUCGAACAACCUUGUGAAUUAUUUUAAAAUAAUCAUCGUUUAGAAUAUUUCAAUUCUUUAGCCAACGAAUAUUCUCCAAAAACCAAAAAUUUCCCACAAAAUUACGAAGCUAAAACGUAAAAGACAUAAAUAGCAGAGAAGUGUGAGGGAAGAAAAGAAAAGAAGGGAGAAUAUUUCUGAAAAAUUCUCCCUUUUUCCCUCCCCUUCUUCUCCCUUAAAUUUGGGAUAAGAGACUUCAUCUGGGCAUUAUAGCAUUUAAUCCCAGAAAAACCCAAAACCCCAAAUCUGUGAUAAAGUUGAUUUCUUUGGUCUUAGUUUUCUGGGGUUAGGUGGGUGAUUAAGGAUUGAGAUUAACAAAUAUGGAGAAAUCAGAGGAAAGAUUAGUGGGUAAUGAAGAUAAAUCAAGUUCAAAGUUUCCAUUAACAAUGUGGGAAAUUUCAGCAGCUUUUGGUGUUGUGAUUGCUUAUGCAUUAGGUCUUCUGGGUGUUUAUCUCACCAUGCCAUCUUCUGAUUAUAGCUUCCUUAAGUUGCCUCGCACACUUGAAGACUUGCAAAUUCUUAGAGAUCAUCUCGAGAGCUACACAAAUGACUAUACACUUCAAGUAUUGGUUGGAUAUUCUGUGGUCUACAUAUUCAUGCAGACUUUCAUGAUUCCAGGAACUGUGUUCAUGUCCUUGUUAGCUGGAGCACUUUUUGGUGUGUUUAGAGGUUUGGCAUUGGUCCUUUUCACUGCUACAACUGGUGCUUCGUCUUGCUUUUUCUUGUCGAAAUUGAUUGGCCGGCCCCUUGUUUUUUCUAUGUGGCCAGAUAAAUUGACUUUCUUCCAAGCACAGGUGGCGAAAAGACGUCAGAACUUGCUGAAUUACAUGCUUUUCCUAAGAGUAACACCCACACUGCCAAAUACAUUUAUCAAUGUGGCUUCUCCAAUUGUGGAUGUGCCUUACCACAUCUUCUUCUUAGCGACAUUUAUUGGACUGAUCCCUGCUGCUUAUGUCACUGUCAGAGCUGGAAUAGCUCUUGGAGAAUUGCGAUCAAUAGGCGACCUCUACGACUUCAACUCAAUAGCCACACUUUUCCUUAUUGGGAUCGUCUCAGUCACCCCUACCUUGAUGAACAAGAACAAGACAUAAUCGACCUUGUUGCUUGUCUCAGUUAACAUUGAACCCUUGACUCAUGAUUUCUUUCUGUACAGAUCCUGUGGAGCCCAAUAAACAGUUCACUGUCACUGUCGUACCAUACAAAGCGAAUGAGCUCAAGAGAUACGUAGGGACAGCUGUUUAGGGCAUGAUAUUUAACCUUGGAGAACUCUUGAGAUUAUACUGCUCAUCAGAAAUUACAAUUUAAAGAUGGGAUGUGCUGGAAGCUUAAAAUUCUGUGUAUGUGGACAAUUCUACUGGUGGAUGAAAUAGUUGUUUGGUUCCAUAUCGCAAUGUAAAAUAUGUUACAACAUGAUGUCUAGAUUUAUGGAAUUAUACUAUAUUUUCUUAUUCAA